AUGAAGUUAUUAUUGUCACAAUUAACUAUUCUCUUACUGGUUUUAGUUCAACAGACUUCCGCUUUUUAUUUAUAUGUCACAGGAAGUGAUCGUAAGUGUUUUAGUAAAGAACUUUCAAAAGACACUCUAUUAUCAGGAGCUUAUUCUUUACAAGUUUACAAUUCAGAUUCACAGACCUAUAGAGAUGUUAUUGGAGAUGAAAUCAGUCUUGUUAUUGAUGUGGAAGAAGUUUUUGAUGAUAAUCACAGAGUUGUUCAUCAAACGGGUUCUGCUGUUGGUGAUUUUACAUUUGUUGCAUUGGAUUCUGGUGAACACAAGAUUUGUUUCCAACCGCAAUCCGGCGGCUGGUUGGCCAAGACUAAAUCUAAAUUGGAUAUUCAAUUUGAGAUUGGUUCUAAAUUAGAAUUGGAUUCUAAAAAGAAGGGAACCGUUGCUAACUUGCAUGCUAAAGUUAAUAUUUUAAAUGCUAAAGUAUCAGAAAUUAAGAGGGAACAAGCUUUGGUUAGGGAACGUGAGUCUAUUUUUAGAGACAAAUCGGAAUCUGUUAACGCCCGUGUUGCUUGGUGGUCUAUCAUUCAAUUGAUUGUACUAGCGGUUACCUGUGUCUGGCAAUUGAGGCAUUUACGUACCUUCUUUGUUAAACAAAAAAUUUUGUAG